AAAAAACUAAGAAAAUAGCGUGUGCAUGACGUCACGGAGCGAGCUGACCAAUCAGAGGACAGGUGACGGCGGUUUGAAAGCGGGAAUGGCUGAAGCUGUGUUGCAGCGCUGUGACCCGGUUCUGUUGGACCACUGUGGAGACUCUGAACAUCCAGACUUUGCUGAAGCAGCCCGGAUGGUUCUCUACCUCACAGACAGUCGUCGUGUUCAGAAAGUGUUGUGGCGUCAGCUGUUUGUCUUGGACUCAAUGGUGUCUCUUCUGGAAGGUCUGGAGUCUGUCCAACAACUGCUGACUCAGGCCUGUCCCACACAGCCUGAGGGCGGGGCUCGGAGCAGGUGGAAGUACCUGAAGGAGCAGAACAGGUCUGUGGUGGAGGAGACGGAGAAUCUGCUCAGAUCUUUACAGGACAGAGUUCAACACAUCCACAACAGACGACACACACUCACACAAGUCAUGCAGCAGCUACACAACAAGAGGCAGCACUGUGAACAGCUGGAGGCAUCACUGUUGAAGGCCCAGAAUGCACUGCAGUUGUGUGAUCGUCAGCUGACUAAGUUGAGGGUGGAGUCUGAAGCAGUGCUCGGUCAGCUGAUCAGCUGGCAGCAAGUUAGAGACGGGUUGCAGGUUCGUGUCUCUGCUGCACAGAACGUCAUGCAGGUCGAGCUGCUGUCCAUCAACCAAUUAGAGCUCUGUGUGGCGCUGAGGCCACGCCCCUGCUCUGUGUCAUCCAGAGAGCUGGACCCACUGAUGCUGUCAAUCAUCUGGAGUUCAGAUGACCACUUCAGACUGAAGGUGAGUGACAGCAUGUCCGGCCUGGUAGAGAGUUGUGUGUGUGGCCGUCGUUGGGAGGUGAGCGCCGCCCUGCUGGAGGUGAUGCAGUGUUACGUGGGUCAGACUGAGCUGUUGUCAGAGAUUCAAACCCUGAGGUCCAGUUUUGCCAUCGACUGGCGUCCCGCUCAGCGUCUGCUGGUCUACCUUAAGUCUGCAGUGAUAGUGUGCCACGUAGAGGUGGAGGAGGGAUAUCCACACAGUGGACAAGUUCACCUGCUGAGUGUACGCAGAGACGGAAAACCUGUGGACACCAGUGGACUGAAGGCUCAUAAACCUCUCUCUCUCACCAGCUUGUUGGUCACCCUCUGUUCUUCCCCUCUCAUCUGACAUGUCUCAUGUGUCCACUAGAGGUCACUCUCAUUGUAUGAGUGUGUACAUGUAAAUAUGUAACUGUUCCUGGCUCCGCCUGCUGCCUCCUGAUUGGUUGUGUGGAUACUGUGCAGUUGACCAAUCAAGAAUCAAGAAGUUUUAUUGUCAUUAUGAGGACAUAAUGAAAGUCCUCAUAAUGAAAGACUCCCGGCUUGAGGUACAAAUCAGAGGUCAGAGUGAAAAUAUGACCUUUUGACCUUCUUGUGGUCCAUGUGGCUCCGCCCCCUCUCUGUUUUGUUAUAAGUUUCUAAUAAACUGAUCAAAGGUUAA